AUGGCGUCUCUUGGCUCAGGCGAUACCCUAGUGGAUCACGUGGAGCUGGCCACCCCGCAAGCCCGCUGGGCCCGCUGCAUCGAGCUUGCGAGUCUUGGCGACAGCAAAACAAGCCUCCGCCCAGCUCGACUCCAGUCGCCAACGCCUGCUCCCUUGCUCGUUGGACAAGCCCGUUGGCGCAGCACUUGGCUCGCCAGAAACGGGGAGAGCCCAGCCUUUUAAGCUUUUCUCCCAAGACCUGACCGGCCCGCUGUUAUCGACCG